CACCGAUAUCAAGAUGUCGCUUGCGAACCGUGUGGCAUUGGUGACGGGUGCGGCCUCUGGCCUUGGACGCGCCACGGCGGAGCGCCUGGUGAAGGCUGGUGCUCAAGUCAUUUUGUGCGACCUGCCAACCAGCGAUGGGCAAAACGUGGCUCGUGCAAUCGGGCCCAAUGCCCACUUCAGCCCCACCGACGUCACUAACGAAGAUCAAGUGACAGCCGCGUUGGACUUAGCCGAAUCUGCCUUUGGCAAGAGCGUCGACAUUGCCGUCAAUUGUGCUGGUAUUGCCGUUGCGGCUCGCACUGUGUCCAAGAAGGGCGCGCACCCUUUGUAUCAAUUUCAAAACGUUCUCAACGUCAACGUGUCGGGCACGUUCAACGUGAUUCGUCUUGCUGCCGAGCGGAUGUCCAAGUCGAAGGGUGAUUCCACGGGCGAGCGCGGUGUAAUCGUUAACACUGCCAGUAUCGCUGCCUACGACGGUCAGAUUGGCCAAGUUGCGUACGCUGCGUCCAAGGCCGCCAUUGUCGGCAUGACGCUGCCAAUUGCGCGAGAUCUGUCGAGCAGCGGUAUUCGAAUCAACACCAUUGCUCCUGGUCUCUUCCGCACGCCGCUUUUGGCAGGCUUGCCCGAACAAGUGCAGAAUGAACUGGGCCAGACCGUGCCGUUCCCGAGCCGACUGGGCAAACCUGAAGAGUUUGCCCAGUUGGUGCAGAGCAUCGUCGAGAACCGCAUGUUGAACGGCGAAGUCAUUCGUCUCGACGGCGCAUUACGCAUGCCGCCCAAGUAAACCAUCCUUCCAAAAAUGAACAUGAAUUGUUUUGCACACCGUGUUCACGCGUAAAUAUGAGUCUUGCCAACUUAAAACAGUCGAUCGCGUGGCGCCAAAUAAGGAAUUUGCAGGACUCGACACGCACUUGCUUCGUCGUGUACCUGAGCGAGGAGGAGGUCCGCCCCGUACUUUGACAGCAACCAUGUGUACCAGUCGUCAAAGGUGACAGGUGUGCUGUCGUCGACCUUUGCCAUGGACGCUAGCAACGUGGACGCUACAUACGAUGCCGGCCCAGUAAAGUAGAGCAUGGCAAAGCUCGCGGUUGGCUGGGUGUACACUUUCAGGUCCAGGAGGAGGCGGUGGGUUUUGAAUCGAAUGGGCGCGAUCAACCGAGUUGCUGUCGCAUGGUGGGUAUCGCAUUCGAGGACCUUGACGCGGGUUAAGAGGUCCACGAUCGAGGAAACCGAGGCCGGGGUGACGGCCAACACGUCCAAUACGGACACAAACAUGCCCCCACGACGGAAUGUACCCAUCGGAAUCACAGGGCACUUGAGCUUGGCCUGGAGACCGCGCAGUGCCACGUGCAAUUCUUCUGCAGACGCGACGUGCCGAAAAAGAGCUUGGCUCGACUCACCAUGGUCCGUUGUCGCGUCAAGAUAAUGCGGGAUGAGGUCCCGCAACGAUUCGCAAUUGUGACUGCGGCCGUAAAUUUGCAUUGCACGGAGCUUAUCCUUAAUGUGAGGGAGGGACGUCUUGGCGGAGUUGCUCGCAUCUGGCGGCGGGGCUGAGUAGAAGGUCGUCGUGUGCAAGAUACUGGCAGAAUGGGCGUGCCAUUGCACUUGUAGAUAUUGCCAAACGGGCGUGCACACUCCAGGAAGAGUGUUUCCUCUGCUCAAGUAAUGAUCCAAAUCGAACGACACUGUCGAGUCCGUCGAAGAGUUGAGAUGGCGGUGCCAAAGCUCCAUGAAUACUCGGCGGGCCACCGUGCACGCGGUGCGAAGGUAAGAGGUCGAUGAGGAUGACGCUGUGUUGAGGAACAAGUCCAAAGCUUGAACAUAGAACAAGAGUUGAGGGUGCCGAAGGUGCGGGUCGUGAAACCGGCAUGGAGGGCCAACGAGCCAACAUGGCAUGAUUUCGGCAAAGUGGUCAGUGUCGUAGUAUUCGAUUGGAACGGUACACGGAGGCGACUUGGGCUGAGGCUGGAGCAAGAUGGUGGACGUCGAGGAGAAUUGUGCUGGUGACGCCGAUUUCUGCGUUGGCGGGGUCGAUGUAAGUUCGUCAAUUGGAGGGGUCGCUGGAACUGCAGGAAACGCAGCAAGGCUGUCGUUCAUGCACAAGGUGGAUGCGUCUCCGCCAAAGUCACGACUGUCGUUUUGGUGGAAAGAAAUGGAGGGCACAAUGGACGAGUCGUUGAAUGACAUGUCGACGGAAGAAUCGGAGACCGUCUCCUCGUUGUGAGGAGUAUGUGGUGUUUCAGAGAGAGAACGUGCUGUUGAUAUCGGAAGGGAGGGUGGUAGGUCAUCGCUCAUCCGUGUUUCAGGAACGAUCUCCAUCAUGUCAGACGACUCCUUUUUUGGUGGCGAUUCCGUACACGUCAAUGCAGGACAAGUAUCGCGAACGGACUCAGGGACAACAUCACCGACGACUUGGGUCUGUGUGACAGGUAAGAUGAGCGUUUGAGUUCGCGAGGAACAUAUAUCCAGUGGCUCCGAUCGGUAUGGAUCGUACGUGGAAACUUCGUGGUCAUCGUCACCUCGCUGCGAUUCCAAGUAAGAAUGGAUGGUGGCAAAGUGUGGGGUGGUUGCAAUGAGCUCAUCAAAAGCGUCGACAGCUUUU